AUGCCUACCGCAACCGAAGGCUCUCAAUCCCUCCAAACUCCUGCUCUUCCCAGCGAGAUCCUCAUGGUCGCGGAGACACAAUGGCUUUUCACCGAAGCGGAACUCCUACAAACGCCUUCAAUCCUCGACGGACUGGCCCCAGAAAAAGAACGCGAGAACCGAAGCAAGGGCGUGAACUUCAUCCUCCAAGUCGGCAUAAUGCUCAAGCUACCUCAAAUCACUCUCGCCACAGCCUCCGUCUUUCUCCACCGUUUCUACAUGCGGCAUUCAAUGCAGAUUUAUCACUACUACUCCAUGGCCGCAACGUGUCUCUUCCUGGCCUACAAGGUCGAAGAGUGUGUCCGAAAGAUGAAAGAACUGGUAGUAGCGUGUGUAAGAGUAGCGCAGAAGGAUCCUCACAAGAAUGUGGACGAACAAGACAAAGAGUAUUGGCGGUGGAGGGACAACAUAUUACAAUAUGAGGAUCUGUUGCUGGAGGCCAUCUGCUUUGAUUUAAGCCUGGAGCCGCCAUACAAGACGCUUUUCGAUCUUCUCAUGCAAUUCGAGCAAGGAGAUAACAAGAAGUUGAGGAACGCCGCCUGGGCUUUUGUGAAUGACAGUUGCCUGACCACACUGUGUCUGCUCUUCCCAAGCAGAACGAUCGCCGCCAGCGCCCUUUACGCGGCUGCGAAACACUGUGAUGUCGCUUUCCCGGAUGAUGCGAGGGGAAGACCUUGGUGGGAAGUCAUUGAUGUUGACGUAGGUAGCAUCCGCAGAGCGUGCAAUUACAUGGCUAGUAUUUACGAAAGCGGUCCAGCGAAAGCAGGCAAAGAGAGUGGGAUGUAUGAGCGGACUCCGGGAAAUGGGGACGAGCGAGAAGACAAGACAAGAUCCGCAGGGGUCAAGAUCGAGGAUGGUCGAAGCUCUGGGGGUAGUAACGACGGCCUCGCUUCACCUAUGGUCGUUUCUCCUAAGGGCAGUCAAGCGGGAGCCAAAAGAGGACGCCAAGAAGAAGGAGAGGCGGAAACAGAGCAAGCACCAUCCGUAAACGGUGCCGGUCAUGAAGCGAACGGGCACGCCAUAAACCAAGACGGUUCCAGAAAGAGGCAGAAAGUCAAGGAGGAACCCUCUCGGAACGGCUUUGCUCCACAACCGGAGCAAGGACCUAUUCCACAUCGUCCCACUACUGCUCCAAAUUCCGAGCAGCCAACCGACGCCGCCCAACCGGAUGGUGCAGCUGUUGCACUGGCGCGGGAUACGAAGGUUGAAGUCGGCUUGGAGAGCCCCCAGCUGGAGGAAGAUGGCAGUGAGGAAGGCGAAGUGGAAGCAUAA